GUAUGUUGAAUGUGCGUAUCUCGCGCUGAUUUGAAAUCGUUGUUGUUUGUUAUUCAAGUACAUUGUUGUGCGAAGAGAAGCAGCAGCAGCAUCAGUGCAUGGGAAGCGCUCGCUCCCAUUGACGUUCGUUGCUUAGUCAUUUAACCGUGGUCAGAAGCGCAUCCGCGUUGUCAUUCAAAUUCGUUGCAGCUGCAGUUCAAUCAAAUAGCAGCAAUGUUGCGCAAUUAAACGUGAAGCGCGACAAUUGGGUAAUUUUUUGUGAAUUCCAAGCGGUGCUCAAUUCAUGUGCAACUGGUGAGUGUAGCGCGCACGCCGGAAAACGAAAGUGUUCACCUAUACAAAACAAAAAAAUACUCAAUCACGGGCUUCCUCAGAUUUUUCUAGCCCAACGCUAAACAACGCGCGUUCGUCGGCCUGUGCGUAUAGCAAUUCAAAUAUUUUAGAUAUUUUGGAAUUUGACAUUUGGCGAUUUGCUUGAUUCUUAAAGACUCGAUAAAAAAAUUCUCGCACCUUUAACAACAGUUUUACGCGCAACUUGCGGGAUAGCAGAAAUAAUCUGAAUUAUUUCAAAAAUUCACGUGAAUUUUCAGCAACAAAAAUGUUUGUGUGUGCGUGUUUUUGUGAAAUAUUACGUUGAGAAAAAAUAUUUUGCCAGUUUGAAAUAUAAAUAAAAGAAAUUUAACUAUAAAUAAAGUGAUGAAAUAGCAAAAAGAAAAAUUAGAAUGAAAUAGUAACAUACUAUAUUUUUUUUUAUAUACAGAGAAGCUAAUAAAAUAUACAUUCUUUGCUGGGACUACGAUUUUCAAAAUGAAAUAAAUCAAUGACAUUCACUGUUGAGACGGAUUACAUUGAGCACCAAAUCAUACAGUGCAAUUGAUGAUGGCCACGCCGUUGUUGAUAACGUUUACGAUGAUGAUGAAUGUGAUCGUGAUGACGGGACUAUCACAACGGUUUAGCAAGUGUUGCUGAGGGGAAGCAUUGCUGCAGUGGUGACUGCAGCCGCUGACGCUGAGUUAAUGUGUAGAAGGAAAAGGUGAAUCGCAACUAUUCUUAGCAGAAUACUAGUCACAUGAUUGUUUGUGUGUCUGUAGAGCAGCAGCAGUAGCAAAGCAGCAGCGAUGAGAGAGAAAUACCAGCGAGUGAAACGUGCAUGAGAUGAGCAAUUAAAACAUUGCUCGCAAUCCCUCCUUCCUUCCCAUCCAUCGGUGCCAUCCCAUGCGAAUAAGUGCAACAACUAAAUUGUUAUUACUACUACAAUACUUAAAAGAGCACACAAAGAAGUAUAACAAAAAAAAAAAACAGAAGAGGAAUAAAUAAUAAGAAAUCGUAUACUCGGUCGCUCGCUCGUUUACACGUUUAUUCGGUUGUGCGUGUAACAUUGUACAUCAAAUAUAAAUACAACACCUGUGCUUUUGGAAUUGUGUGAACGUGGUGUUGUUGAUAUUUGUGGAGCUUAGUUUUUUAUUUAAUUUUUUAACUUCGAUAUGUAAAAUGCAAUAAAACUAUUGGCACGAAGAUUUCCAUUCCUGGAAUUCGCCAUUGCAGCGGAACCAAACAAGUGAAUACCACUCCUAUAAAAAAACAACAACAAAGAGUGUGGCAACAUAAAAAAAUAAUUAAAAGAAACUGUAAAAACCACAACACCUAGUUCCACGUACAUUUAAAGGCAAAGGCAAAUAAUAGCAGCCAACUUGAAAUUGCAGUGAAACAUGAAAAUUUGAUCUGCCUUUUUCCAGUGCAAACUUAAUUGAAGUUAAACUGAAGUGCAUUCGCAUAGUCUGGGUGUAAAAGCUAGUUUCGUGGGCUUGAAAAAACGCUUAAUUCAUCGCAAUAAAUAUAAAAAAUAGUCAGUUACUCGAGAAAUUCCGCAAUAAAGAGAAAUGUAUGUGAAAUUUACAAAUACAUUUACAUAUAAAAACACAACAGCUACAACAAGCAAUCAAGAAACCAUUAAAAUACAAAGCAAUAAGUUGAAUUGAAAACUCGAACCAAAACAGAACACAAGCAACUGUAAUUUUAUAAAUUUUAAGUCCUUGGAUUACUUGGACGAUGGCAGUGUCCUGCCCCGAAGUUAUGUACGGUGCUUACUAUCCAUAUUUGUAUGGCCGUGCUGGACCAAGUCGUUCAUUCUAUCAAUAUGAGAGGUUCAAUCAGGAUCUGUACUCUUCGUCGGGCGUGCAAUUGGCCUCAUCAAGUGCCUCUGGCAGCUCACAUUCGCCCUGCAGUCCCAUCCUACCGCCGGCGGUGAGUGCGAAUGCCGCCGCUGCAGCAGUAGCGGCCGCACACAAUACCGCCGCAGCGGUAGUCGCCGUCGCAGCACAAACGGCCAACCAAUCGGCUAGCAUAGCUGCAACGACGAGUCUGCCGCUGGGCGGUGGCGGUGUAGUACCAGGUGGUGGAGGUAGCACUAAUAUUGGUGGCACCAGCGGUAGUGCGGGUGUUGCAAGUUCGGUGAUCGGCGGUGCAGGAAUUGGUGGUGGAGCGGUCAUUGGUGGCGGCGGCGGUAGCGUAGCGGUCAGCAAUGCGAUACAACACAGCAGAGCGCAUACCAAAGAAGAGGAUCUGGGAGUGCCACGAAGUGAUGCUGAAGCUCGUCUAGUGGGUUCACAUCACAACGAGUCAUCCUGUUCUUCAAGUCCCGAUUCACCUCGUCACACCUUGCAUGGAGCUCAGGCGAAAGAACUGCCUCUACCGUUGGACAACUCGAAUGUCAACGGACAGGGCAGAGCACAAUACUUAUCAGCCACCUGCGUCGUAUUUACAAACUAUUCCGGCGACACGGCCAGCGUUGUGGAUGAGCACUUCUCGCGGGCGCUCAAUUUUAGCAAUAAAGACAGCAAAGAAACGAAUAGUCCCAUGUCAGCAAGAAACUUCCCACCUUCGUUUUGGAAUAGCAACUAUGUGCAUCCAGUGCCUGCACCCACACAUCCGCAGGUUGGCGAUUUGUACGCAUCGGACGGUGGCUAUGCAACCGAUCCAUGGGUGCCACAUGCGGCUGCCGCACAUUACGGCUCUUAUGCGCACGCUGCACAUGCACAUGCUGCACACGCGCAUGCCUACCACCACAAUAUGGCGCAAUACGGUAGCCUGUUACGGCUGCCACAACAGUAUAGCCACGGUACCAGACUGCAUCACGACCAACAGACCGCGCAUGCGCUCGAAAGUGCGGCAGCCUAUUCCAGUUACCCCACAAUGGCAGGCCUUGAGGCGCAAGUACAGGAGUCAUCAAAGGAUCUUUACUGGUUUUGAAUUAACGUGGAACGUUAAAUUAAGAUACGCAAUGUAAAAUACAAAACACACACACUCAAACACAUACAAAACCAAAAUCUAUUCGCAAACGAUUUUUGAUUUGCUAAUUGAAAGCCGAUAACUGGUACAUAAAUCAUCGUUAAUUCAAUUCUCGAAGUUUAAAGCUUACAUAGAAUAAAUAUAGGAGAAAACACUAACACAGCCAAUGUGCAAAUCUGUAUGUAUGUAUAUGUAAUUAUCUGUAUUUGCCCGUUUGGUAGUAUGUGUUAAUAUAAUUUUAAGUUAAGCAAAAACAUCGAUACUUACUGCAGCACGUCUACAUGUGUGUACAUACACAUACAUAUGUAUAUGCACCUGUAGUAGCAGCAUUAAUUAAAUUAAUUGCUUAAAUUAAAAAGGGAAUUCACUUGAAUUUUUUCAGUGCUGCAGAAUAAUGCAACCGUUUCGGAACUACGUAUCUAUUUAAUGACUGUAGCGCAAAAGUAAUACGAGUAAUACAAUUUGCAAACAGACAUUAUGCUCGCCCCUGAAAGCGCAAACUAUGUAUAGGCAGAAAAUUAUUUCUUUAUCGAAACUUUCAAACAUCACAUCGGUGUGCAUAUGUAUGUAUAUGCAUGUAUGAACACCUUGUGUUUACAUGUACAUAUACGAAAAAUAUAUGUGGCGCAAAAUUAAUCACCCCAUCGGAAGAUUUAUAUAAUAAUUUCGGCAAAUGGCUUCGCUGCAGUGUAAAGUACAAACAGACUACCAAAGGUCGAAAUAAAGAUUUCCAUCACUCAAAUAUUUUUGUUUUUAUUUAGUAAAAACUCUAUUUAAAGUCAACCUUGGAUGAUUAAUUUUGCGCCACUUUGUACAUGCAUACAUAUGUGCGCAUUCACAUGUAAUUUUUAAGCUGCUGUAUUCGAAAACUUUAAACUUUGUCGGGCUCUUUUUAAAAAUGUAUAUCUAUUCAUAAUGCGGAGGAAAAGUACUUAUUAAUACAUACAUACUCUGUACAUAUAAAAAUAUAUUUAUAUGUGCUUGUUCGAUUUUAUGUUUCAAACAAAUAUUAAAUGAUAUACUUAAAAAUAUUAUAAAAUAUUGCAAUAAAUUGUAAGACACUUCAUAGUUAAGAAAUUGUAAUAAUAAUUAUUAUCGUAA